AUGUGCCUGUCAGAGCGGCAGGCAGAGUUUGCUCGAUCCUUCGCGAGGGGAAUGCGCGCAGUGAAUGGAGACAGCAGCGACACGGCGCGGCUUCCACCUGCUCCCGCUCCGCUCUGGACCACGGGCCGCCCACUCUGGCUGUGUGGGCUGCGGUCGUGGAUCUAUCAGGCUGCGUGUUUUGCGUAUGAGAUCUUGAAUCAAUCGAUUGCACAGAUUUCAGUUAUGGCUGAGGUCGCAGAGAAGGCAGAGGCCCCCGAGGAGACUGAGGAUUACGAGAAGCUGUUCGCCCAUCGCUUUACUUCAGAGGACCGUGAAUACCAGGAGUACCUGAAGCGUCCGCCUGACCCGCCUCCGAUUGUGGAGAACUGGAGGGCCUCUCGGAACCACAGAGGCAGAGACAGAUACCAGGACAGACGGGGGCGUGGAGGUCACGGCUGGGGCGGAGGUGGCAGAGAUUACGGAGGCUGGAGGGGGGAGCAGCGGCAGCAGCAGUGGCACGAUCGCGACAGAGACCGGUCCCACAGCAGAGACCCCCACAGAAGCGGAGAAAGGUCCUGGGACAGAGACCGUCCGAGAGCCUAUCAACCCCACCCUCCAGGCUCCAGUCACGGGUACAGCCAGGGCCGCUACUAA